AUGACUCCUUCCUCGACAUCCUCGACCUUUAAGUCUCCGCCCACCGUCCAUUGUCUCUGUCGAAUAUACUGUCUAGGAAUCGGAAGGAAAGUCUACCGCGCCAGCCAAAUCUGUCCCGACUGUCUUAAACGCCACGAUCCGGAACAACUCUGUAUCUGGGCCAACAACAAUCCCGCUGCCAUCCACACCGUCAGCGAAGAAGUCUCUCGAAAACAAGUCUCGAAACAAAACAUCGAGGCACACGGCCGCUACCUCUGCGCUUUCGAAGAUCCGGAUUAUCGCCACUGUCGGUGGCGAAGAUUCGAUUUGAACCUCCGCGGUACUCGAUUGGAUUACUGCACAAAAUUGGAAUCGUACAGUACUUUACGCCGACUGGGCUGUAUGCUGCCACCACCUCCCAAGUCGCGCUGCGCAUUCGGGGUUGCCUGUGCUUCCAGUCCAGAAGGUCAGGAGCUAGGACGAGACAUAUGCUCGUGGUGCAAAAACAUGAGCAUAGACGCUCUACUCAACCUCGCAGACACACAGCCAGACAGUCAAUACCUAAGACAUCUGGUCUGUGACUACAUGCACCAAGUCGAACGCGACAACAAAGAACGCGUCAGCAAAGGCUGGUCGUACCUCUGCGCCUGCAAAGACCCAGAGUACCGCUUCCACCCCUGGCGCCGCGCCUUCAACCCAAAGGACGCCCGACUCUGCGGCACCGUACGCCACCGCGGCCAACUGUGCACGCGCUGCUACGCCAAAGCGACAGAGCAAGCCUGUCCAUGGCUCGCAGAAUUCGACGGCGACAGAUUGGGAUUCCCGUGCGUCUUCAUGGACCCGCAUUUACGUAGACCGGUCGAUUCGAACUGGAAAAUGGGGCCGGUUGAUGCGCAGGGUCGGCAUGAUCCGAAUUGGGAGACGGAUCCGAGACGGCAUGCGAGGUGUGAGAGGGCCAGGCUGAAGAAUCAGUUGUGCCAGAAGUGCUUUAAUCGCAUGUGUGAGAUUAGGGGGUUUGGGCGGUACUUUGAUCCUGAGUGGGGGACUUUGCGGGGGAGUUGUGGGUUGUGA